CAUGGUCAAGAUAUACCAAAAGAUGUGAGCAGUCACUCCUUCAUAGAAAUAAUGCAUGCAUUACUCACACAUAAAUGAUGGAAUUGUUCAUCAAUUUGGUUUCAAACACGACAACAACAAUAUAAGAUUCACAUCUCCCCCACAAAGUGACUUUUAGCAUCGUGUUGCUAACUAACUGGCAUCCUUGAGCAGGAAAUAAACGCAGUGGAAGUGGGAGACUGAGCUGUUGACUUUCCUCCUCUUGUCGCUCGGCACCAUUGGUACAAGAGUGGGCGUGGUUUCCAUAUGAGCCCCUCCACCAUUGGCCACGCUGGCACGUCACUCACCGUUCGGGUUCUUUAAAAGACUGAGCAAUGGACUCGGCCGGGAAAGUCAACCUGUGCACGUGACGAGCUUCUGAGUUUGUGGAUACGACAUCAGCCCACACCCAAGAGAACCCACGAGACCCCACGAGAACCAUGGUCUACCCACGCGUGGCACUAUUAUGUGACGAGUGACGUGAAGAAUAUUGUAAAUAAUUAAGAAGGGCAAGUGACAAGGUGACGUUUUCGGGGGUGGGGAAGCUAGAGCACCAUGUUGUCGUCGUCACUUCAUCUUCACCUUUUGCUCACCUGUUGUCACCUGCUGACGUCCCUGCUGCUCUGCUACCUGCCCCACGGACACGCCGCACACAAGCCUGCCUCCAGGUGGCUGAUCGGCGAUCGGGACAGCAACUGUGGCGUCGUCUGCACGCGACCGCAAGCCAAGCCGGUGUGCGGCUCGGAUGGGCGGAGCUACGAGAACGGAUGUGAACUGCAGAGGGCACGCUGCAAAGACAAGACGCUGACGCUGGCGCACCGCGGCCGCUGUCGAGGAAGAAGCUGGGUGAAGGUGGAUCAGCCACAGGUGGCGCUAGCACCGACACCCCCGUCUAUGAGCGGAGACUUGGUGCAAACAGAUGUGGGUCAGUCCAAGUGUCGUGUUGAGAGGAACCAGGCUUUGGAGCAGGCGAGGAGGCCUCAGGAGUCCAUGUUUAUCCCAGAGUGCAACGAGGACGGGUCCUUUGCGCAGGUGCAGUGUCACACUCUGACAGGCUACUGCUGGUGUGUCACCAACGAUGGGAAGCCGGUGAGCGGCUCGUCGGUGCACAACAGGACUCCGGUGUGUUCAGGAAACUUCCAUGAAUUUAUGGGAACUCAUGCCGGGACGAGUGGAUUGACAGGGUCGGUGACCGACAAGCCGCCCGGGCAGCCAAGCUCCGGUAGAAAAGUCUCUUUCCGUUUCUUUCUCACUCUCAAUCCAGAUGAUGGCUCCAAGCCCACGCCCACCCUGGAGACCCACGUCCCCCUGGUAGGGGAUGAGAUAACUGCUCCCACCCUGUGGAUCAAACAGUUGGUCUACAAGGAGAACAAGCAGAACAGCUCCACCUCCAGGAAGCAAGAGAAAGUUCCCUCUUGCGACCAAGAGAGGCAGAGCGCCCUGGACGAGGCCCGGCAGAAUCCCCGAGAGGCCAUUUUCAUCCCUGACUGCGCUCCCGGAGGUCUUUACAAAGCCGUCCAAUGCCACCAGUCCACAGGUUACUGCUGGUGCGUGCUGGUAGACACAGGAAGACCCAUUCCGGGAACCUCCACCAGGUACCAGACGCCAGAAUGUGACAGAGCGGCGCGGUCUCACGUCUCAGACUCGGAGGAUCUUUUCCAAGGCAGAGACCUGACAGGUUGCCCCGAGGGGAAGAAAGUAGAAUUCAUUAUGAGCCUGUUGGAUGCGCUCACCACCGACAUGGUUCAAGCCAUAAAUUCACCGGCCCCCUCUGGUGGAGGGAGGUUUGUGGAACCAGACCCCAGUCACACGCUAGAGGAGCGGGUGGUCCACUGGUACUUUGCCCAGCUGGACAUCAACAGCAGCCACGACAUCAACAAGAAGGAGCUGAAGCCCUUCAAGAGAUACCUGAAGAAGAAAGCCAAGCCCAAGAAAUGCGGACGCAAGUUCAGCGAAUACUGCGACCUGAACAAGGACAAGGCCAUUUCCCUGCCGGAGCUCAAGGGCUGCCUGGGCGUCGGCAAGGACGGUGCUUCAACAGCAGGCAGCAACCACGGGACAAGUUGGCCGUCCGGUGUGAGACGAGACGGGCCCAGGAGCCGAGAGGAGAACCGAGGGCACAGAAGGAAGGCAUCGGCACGCUCGCUCCACGGCGACAAGAAGAAAGACGGCGCAGAGGGAAAAUAGCUUCCUGGGUUGUUUGGUUUCGUGAGGAUAACAACGACAAAGACGACGAAAAAGCAGCGCCAAAAUAUUUGCACUUUCUCCUCCCUGUUUGACAUUUGAUCCGUUUGUGCUCGUAUUCCCAGCCUGGAUGAUUGGAAGGUAGGAAUAGAUUUGGGAAGAGUUGCUGGGCUCACCACAUCGUAGCAACAACAGUGAGGCUUGCAGGCAGCAUCCUGGGGGAGGCGUAACCGUGGCGAUGGAACGAAUGUCUGUACAUAUCAACGUGCAAAAUGAACCCAUUACAAGGAAA